UUAAAUCUUUUGGUUGGCUUCUACACUACGUGGACAUAUUGUCAUCUGCCGUAAGAUCAUUUGUCGACGAGAGAUCUGUUGUAAUUCGCAUUUGCAGCAGAGAAGCGCUCAACAGCUGACUCGCUCGUGCAGCAUAUUCUAUUUUCACGUUCGUUUCAAACUUGCGUUAAGAAUUCUUCUCUAUAUUUUCGUGAGCCGGCCGAAAAUGAGCUCCUCAUGUUUUACUUCUUUAGCAUUUAUUGCCUGUUUGUUCGUCUAUGCCUAUGCGCAUGAAAGACCUGAACAAGAACGAGAUCAUUUGUCAGUUGGAAUAAUGCGAAAACCAGACGACUGUCCAAGAGAAUCGAAAGAUGGGGACCAUUUGACGGUCAGAUACAACAACACAUUGAUUGACCAAACUCCAAUUUUAACCACAAGUCUUCCUUUAAGAAAUUCUCGCUAUUUCUGUUUUCAGGUUGCUGGAUAUCUGAGGCGAGAGGGAAUGUCACAUGGCGAGGGAGAUGAAAGCCAUAACAUGCUGUUGCAAGAGAUCUUUCACGAGGAGGACAAAAAUAAGGAUGGUUUUAUUUCACACGAAGAAUUCCAGGGAAUUAAACAUCAUGAACUUUAGAUACUUUUUUUUCAAAACAUGUUUCAGUCGUAAACAUCCCUAAAUAUAACAUCUUACAUAGAGUAAGGUUGUUGUGUGGCUCAUACAAGUUUUUUCUUUGUUUGAGCACUGACUUGAUGUUAUUACAAUUAAGUGAAUUUUAAUAAAGAUCUACAGUUUCUCGUAUACCCA